AUGCAGAUUUUGCGGGAGGAGAACGCCAUCCUAAGGUGGAAGGAAGAAGGAAUCCCGUCGACACCUACCGUACCCGACCCUAACAGGUUGAGUCGGGUGCAGCAGCACCGGGAUGUCGAACGGGUGGAGAGUCGUCUUCCACCUACAGGACACGAGCAAUCACAGCCAGCUCGGGUCGAAAAGACGCAGGCUUCAAGGGGAAAUCCGUCGCACACGGUGGCGGAGAGCUCGAGAGCAAACGAUGGGGGCCGCCCAUCGCGCCAACCGAUCCCCGCGUCGGGGUCCUCCCCCUUUACAUCGUAUAUUCUGGAGACGCCGCUGCCGGAGAAGUGGAAAAUGCCGACAUUUGACAAGUACGACGGCACGACCAACCCAGACAAUCACAUACGAGUCUUCAUGCAUCAAAUGAUGUUCCACGCAGUUAGCGACCCCAUCUGGUGCCGUGUUUUCUCGACCUCUCUGACGGGGGAGGCGUUAGAGUGGUUUUUCGAGCUGUCGGCCGGCAGUAUCGACUCUUUUGCCACAUUGAAGGCAAGGUUCAGCACACAAUUCGCGCCCCUGAAAUCGGCCAUUCUGACGGUCGACAAUCUGGUGAACAUCCGACAGGAAGAUGGGGAAUCGCUGAGGAGUUAUCUCGAUCGGUACAAUCGGAUGUCGGUCAAGAUAAAGGAUCUCGGCGACGAAAUCGCUCGUCAUCACUUCUCAUAUGGGCUCCAGCCGGGAGUUUUCGCGGACAAGAUAAGCCGCAAGAAGUCGAAGACGAUGGAGGAGAUGAGGAAGCGGGCGGCCAAGUUCAUACAGAUGGAGGAUAUGCAGGAGUUCAGGGUGAAGAAGAGGGAAAAGGAAGAUGUCGCACUCCCGAAGCCGACCGCACCUCGGCCGAACAAAGUCCCAGCUCGGCCCAGCGAAAGGAAGCCACCUAAGUUCACGACGUAUACUCCGCUGGUCGUUCCUAGGGCCAGGAUUCUGCAAGAGGCCUUUAGCGCCGAUUCACUUCCAGCAGUCAGGAAGAAGCCCCCUCUGCCCAAUGCUGACGGUAGUAAACACUGCCAAUACCACCGCAUGAUCGGGCACACCACCGAAGAGUGCCACACGCUCCGUGACAAAAUAGAAGAGCUCAUUCGGCAGGGGCACUUGAAGAAGUACAUUCGACAAGAUCGUCCCCCACAGAGCCCGGUGAGGAACAGAAGCCCGAUGAGGAGGUGCGAGAACUCUUAA